CCAAUCCCCCUAAUUUCUUGUUGAAAUAUCUCGUUAUGAAGGCGGGAUUGAUCAUGAACACGAAGUAUAAAAGAAUACUCUUGGUGAGAGCUAUAGAAAUAGUCUGUCUUGUAGGAAUAGUUGGACAAUUUCUAUCGGAAAUCUGGUAG